AUGUCGGGAGAAAAGCUCAACGUUGCCGUCGCCGGCCUGGGCCGCAUGGGACUGCGUCACGCCAGACACUUUGCGACGUUGACGCCAAAGGCCAACCUCAUCGCCGUCAGCUCACCGGUGCAGGCCGAGCUCGAUGCCGCUGUCGCCGAGUUCGGGCCCCUGAAGACAUACCUCGACUACGACGAGAUGCUGCGCCAGGAACCGACGCUGCAGGCCGUCAUCGUCGCGAGCGCCACCACGGUGCACGCCGAGCAGGCCAUCAAGGCCAUCGAGAGGGGCCUCCACGUCCUCUGCGAGAAGCCUCUCAGCACGAGCGUCGACAUUGUAUGCUCCGACCCUCCCUCCCUAUCUUCUACAUAUCCUAUCUUCUACCUCUGCUUCCUUGGAACGAUGACGAUUGCCUCAUCUGCACCACCUACUGACUGCGAGGGAAAACAACAGUCACAGUCCGUCGUCACGGCCUACGAAAAGUCCCUGAUCAAGAACCCGAGCCAAAAGGUCAUCUGCGGCUUCUCCCGCCGCUUCGACGCCUCGUACCGCGACGCGCACCAGAGGGUCGCGCGCGGCGACAUCGGCGCGCCGUCCGUCUUCCGCUCGCAGACGUGCGACAAGCUCGACCCGUCGGGCUUCUUCGUCGACUACGCCGAGUUCAGCGGCGGCAUCUUCGUCGACUGCUCCAUCCACGACAUCGACCUGGCCCUGUGGUUCUUUGGCGAGGACAGCGUCGUCAAGAGCGUCGCGGCCGUCGGAAUCACGGCGGUGCAGGAGGGCCUGCGGAAGCACAACGACAGGGACAACGCCGUUGCCGUGGUUGAGUUUUACGGCGGCAAGAUCGCGCAGCUCUUCUGCUCCCGCAUGAUGGCCGCCGGCCAGGAAGACACGACCGAGAUCUUUGGCACGCGCGGGAAAGUCGCCGUCAACACACAGCCGCAGCUGAACCUCGUCAACCUGUACGAGCCGACGGGCAUCCGGCGCGAGAUCCCGCCGGACUACUACGGCCGCUUCCGCGAGGCCUUCAUCGCCGAGGCCAACGAGUUCACGGCGUGCUGCCUCAACGACACGGAGCCGCCGAUGAAGCUGACGGGCGCCGUGAGCGCCGUCAAGAUCGGCUGCGCGCUGCAGGAGAGCCUGAUUACGGGGAAGAAGAUUGAGUUCGACGAGAGGGGGGAGCGCAUCGAGAGCGCCAGGCUGUGA